AGUGGCGGAGGGGGCGGCGCGCAGCCGCCGCGGCGCUCCUGCUCUGUCAGCGCGAGUCCUCGCAACUGUCUCCGCGUGGCGCGAGCAUCCAGCCUCAAGCCUCGCUCUUUCCCUGACGGCGGCGACAGGAGGAGCGCAGGCGAGAGGCGGCGGGCUCCAUGGAGAGAGGCGGACGCCCGGGCAGAGGCGGCGCUUCCAUCCCGGCACCCGGGCUCCAGUGACACGCGCUCGCGUCCUGCGCCGCGUCGGAGCGGCCGUCGGCCCGGGGACUAACCGGCCUCGCUGCCCCUCCCCGCGCCGCCGCCUCUCUACCGGCGCGCCUAGCCACCGACUCGCCCUCGCCCCUACUCCCCGGCGGGGUGGCGGCGGCCGGGCCCCCUCGGCGGCGGCCGGAGCAGCCUCGGCAGCAAGAGCCCGCCUCUAUGAUGAAGUUCAAGCCCAACCAGACGCGGACCUAUGACCGCGAGGGCUUCAAGAAGCGGGCGGCGUGCCUGUGCUUCCGGAGCGAGCAGGAGGACGAGGUGCUGUUGGUGAGCAGCAGUCGGUACCCAGACCAGUGGAUUGUCCCAGGAGGAGGAAUGGAGCCUGAGGAGGAGCCCGGCGGUGCUGCUGUGAGGGAAGUGUAUGAGGAGGCUGGAGUCAAAGGAAAACUAGGAAGACUCCUGGGUAUAUUUGAGCAGAACCAAGACCGAAAGCAUAGAACAUAUGUUUAUGUUCUUACAGUCACUGAAAUAUUGGAAGACUGGGAAGAUUCUGUUAAUAUAGGGAGGAAGAGAGAGUGGUUCAAAGUAGAAGAUGCAAUCAGAGUUCUCCAGUGUCAUAAACCUGUUCAUGCAGAGUAUCUGGAAAAGCUUAAGCUGGGUUGUUCCCCAACCAAUGGAAAUUCCACAGUCCCUUCCCUUCCAGAUAAUAAUGCCUUGUUUGUGACUGCCGCACAGACCUCUGGGUUGCCAUCUAGUGUAAGAUAGAGAGAAUUGGGAAGACCUCCCCCACCAAUUGUGUGAUCUCCUGGGGAGAGGCUUCUUCACUUUCCUUGGCAAACAUCUGAAUGAUGCUCACAAACUGUCUGAAUUUGCCAUGCAGGGAUUUCAAACAAUUUGCAUGUUUUUCAGAUGCUUUCAAAUCUUCUUUAAAAAAAAAAAAAAAAUGUAAAAUAUUUUAAUAAGCCAAAGCCAUGUGGAAUUUUUUUUAGAUGCCUUAACUGUGCCCCCUCAUGUUAUUUUUAUCAUUUUUUUUCACAGCAUUUUUUUAGAUUUUGUUUUGUUUUGUUUUGUCCAUUUGGCAUCAGUCUUUUGUCAGAUCAAAUUACUUGUGGGUAUAUUCCCCCUAAAUUGUUUUCUCAUUUGCAGCAUUAACAUAUUCAACAAAUCUUUCUGUGGUGGGAAUUAAUGGAAAAUAUUCUUAGUAUUAAAGAAAUCCAUCCAUUCUAGAACUUGCUUUGUAGGGUCAGAAUUUUAAAAUAUAAAUUGCACAUUUGGGCUGUCUCUGUAUGGUCCUUAACUGUUUGAACAAAGGACUUCAAUUUGAUAUUUUAGGAAUUUGCCAACUCUUGUCUGAAUUUGCAUAACUGGUAUUAUGUCACUGUCAACCUAAAAUGGCUAUUUUCCCUAAAAUUCAAUAGUAAUUUAACACAAAUAUUACUCUGAGUUAGAUUUUUUAGGGAAAUAUUGGCAAAAUUCAUGAUGUAGUAAGUAUGUCUUAUCAUGAAGACAGUGUUCACGGAAUUUAUUUAGCAUGCUCACUUGCCAGUUCCCUCUAUCUAUGAUCUCACUUUACAUAGAAUACCUCAGAAGCAUAUUUCCCUCAAUGUAAAUUGCUCUUAAAACACUUUAUAGUAGGGACCCAUCUUCUGUUAAAUUUGCGUGCUUACCAAAACAACAGGAUUGGAGUCUUACCUUUGGGGCCAGUCAGUGAUAGCCGCACCACAGUGAAGUGUAACGGUCACCUUGCUGUUCAGCUGUUGUGGGCUUAAGAUUGUUAAGGCACCUUCAAAUGUAUCAUCAUUUCUAGGUUGUCAGUAAUUACUGCUUGUCACAUAACUUUUGGGGCACUGGAACACACCUGAAUUAAGAAUUAUUCAUCUUACCCUUUAUACUUAAAUCAGGCAUCCCAUCUAAAACACAUAAGUACCUGAAUUAAAACUCCUGUACUUCCCCCAAGAAGAUCAGAAAUAAGGGGGGAGGGAAAAAAAAACAGUGACUAAGAUGUGGAGUUGGGAGAGUGAAGAAAGAUCACUUUUUAUGUAGACAGUAGAUUGUUGUAAAUAUUAUAACUGGUGAGUAUGAAGUAGAAAAGGUAUAGUUAAAAUAUUGCUAUGUAAAACUGCUAACCUUUAAAAAUAUAAUUGCUGCUAAAAAUAGAGUUCUUGUAUUUCAGGAAAAUUGGUGCCAUUUUGAAAAUGAGAUCUUGUGCCAUAAAUGCAGCUGAACUAAAUGUAAACAUUAGUUCACAAAUUAAUGCUGUCAAUGGAAGGAGUAAAAUGGAAGAAGGCAGAAAAACUUAACCAGUGACAUUUUAUCCUAAAUUAUGUAGUAUAAUAAAAUGUGAUCAUCCAGAAUUUUUAUAUUUUUCUUUGUACAGAGGUUAUGUAUUCUGGGUGUUUUUAAAAAGGAAACAUUUUAAAUCCCACAAAUUGACACUUUGUAUCAAUCACCAAUGGACUAAGAUUUUUUUCUCAGUAAUCUCUGAAAUUUGUUUAAAUUAAAUACUUAACACAGCAGACAAACUGGAUUGUUUUUGUAUAUAAGACUGCUUCCACCUGAAAUGCUGUCACAAGUACUGGGGGGUUUAUCUUGUACAUGAUAUUCUUAGAGGUAAUAAUGCAUGAACUUAUUUUAUAAACUCUUGGACUAUGUAUUUGACAUGUAAAAAAUGUACAGUAUUAAUGUCAACCAUCUCUUAAAAGUCAGCCUAUAAAUAUUGUUGUAUGAUUUCCUUUGGUCAGAAACAUUUGGUCUAAGUAGUGCUGUCAGGAUUUUCUUCAGUGCCAUUUAGCAAAAACAUCUUUAGCCUAUGCAACUAGCAAAAAUUUGUAUACUACAGUACCUUACAGUUUUCACUUUUAAAAUUUCUUCACUAUUCUUGUGGAACCUGAUCUAGCAAAAUUAGAAGAAAGGCCCAAGGAAAUUUACUUGAAAAGCCAACAUUUCCAGGUUAAGUAGUGGAAUAAUGUCUACCAUCUCAACCCUCCAAAGUUUGCCAAGUGUUGAGGCUCUUAUUUGUGCUUACUUGUGGGGUAGCUGAGUAAAAUUGGGCACUUAAUUUUUCGGUUCCAUGUCCCUCAUGAAAAAGAAGCAGUUACUGUAAAUUGACUUGAAGACAAAGUAGAAUCUGCCCUGCAUGUUUUUAUAAAGAUGACAUUUUUUCCAUCCAAGCACAUGCGAUCCAAUUUCCUGUCUAUCACACUAUUGUAUAAAGAGCUGCAAAAACUGAAGGGGAGAAGUGACUGCUGUACACACUGAAUUGCUCUGCAUGGUCUUAUUUGAGAUAAUUGGUGUAAGAAUCUUGACUUUUUUAUAUUUGGAAACAUCAAAUAAAAAUGGAACAAUC